AAUCGAUGGGCGACGGUUGCAGGGUUGUUCGGAAGCAUGUCCGGAGAGCAAGCGAGAGUGAAGAAGGUGCAGUAGAUUGCGUUUGUUCGAGGCGUUGGCACCAAUCAUCGAAUUUCCCGCUGCUACAGCAGGAGGAGCUGUUCGCAUUGUGCCGCCAAUGCCAACAUGCACGAGUGGUACGAGCAAAGAGCAGGGAUUGGAACGACUUCUGACUUCAGCAUGACAUCAAUUCGCUUAAAACAUCUCCCGACAUCCUCACUGUAUUGACCUGUGUAGCAAGUCCAAACACCUUGAAGCAAAGCUAUCAGCAUCCUCAAACCCAAAAUGGAUUCUCCAAAGUCACUCCAACCAGUCGUCCUGCCACCGACCACAGAUCGCGCCAGCAAACUCAAAGCCACCUGCCACGGCUUUGCGAAAGCACUAGAAGCCCCACCAUCUCCAGAAGAACUCCGAAGCAAGUUCUUCACAUCUUCACCAAAGAUUACGGAGCAUGGUCCAGAAUGGGCACGCAAUCGCCUUCCGUUCUUAGCAAAGACUUACUCUGGCUCGGACGAGUUUGUGCAAUACUUCAAGACAUUGUCUGAGGUCUUGUCCAUGAAGCCGGACCCCGCUCCUGCUUCGCAUCAGUUUGCUGUGCAAGUAGGUGCGUUCCGAGAGACUGAAGAUGAACACCAGGGCAAUGGACAUGUCAAAGGGAGUGGUUUGGUGUUCGUGCAGGGUGGAGGAGAAUUUAAGUCUGUGAAGACUGGCAAGUCGUGGAAAGAGACGUUUAUUUGGAAGUUUUCGGAGUUUGAUCAGGAUGGAAAGAUCGGACGUUGGGAGAUUUGGGCUGAUCCUUUUAGUGCUUGGAAUGCUGUGAAUGACGGACAGGCGGAGGCUGGAGCAUAGAUUAUCAGAGAGGUGCGACGAGUCACGAGCUUGUUCAAAGACAAGUGAGCCAAAAGGGUGCAGGUGGCUACUGUGAAGAUUGUAGGUGAAUAGGAGGAAUGAGGUGUCUAAUCACAGUGAUCAUUGGCUGUCCA